UUGUCUUUCCAUCGAUUAGCUUGGACCAGUUGGCAGCAGCAAUGACGGUGCGUGUUAGUGUGCUCAGGGUGGGCAUCCUCUGCCUGCUAGCAAUGUCGGCGUCGGCAUCGGCGCAAUACCGGUCGUCCCCAAGCUCCCCGGAUUCGUAUCCAUCCCCGGGCUCAUACCCGUCUCCGGGCUCCCCAGACGGCAACGAGGGGGAGGGGGAGGCCGUCCCUCCCAGGAACGUCACCUGCAAGGACACCGACGGGAAGAGGCCGGGGUGCACGAGCACCUGCCCCGACCGCUGCCCCCAGCAGUGCAUCGUCCUCUGCCCCGACUGCAAGACAUUCUGCCACGACGAGGUAAAGCCGGCGAAGCCCGUGCCUCCACCGGCCAUGUUCGUGUUCGGAGACGGGGCGUUGGACGUCGGCAACAAUGCAUACUUGCCCAAGGUCGAAACGGAGGAGGGGUACCCCCCUCAAGUCUCCCAAUCUAGCAGCGGCAGGUUCAGCAACGGAGCCAACUUGGCUGACACUGUCGCAACAUCUAUCGGCUUCCAGCAGAGCCCUCCAGCUUACAUGUCGUUGAACGGUGGGCUCAACAUGUGGGGCGCCAACUACGCCUCAGCGGGUUCCGGUAUCAAAAUCUCCACCAACGGAGAACGGUCCAUCUCGUUGCCGAAGCAGCUUGAGCACUUCAAGGCGACGAGGUCCCAGAUGGAGGCCAAGCUGGGUGGCGACGCCAAAGUGCGCGAGCUCCUCUCCAAGUCCUUCUUCCUAAUUGGCACCGGUGGCCAGGACCUCGAUCCAAGAUGGAACGUCGAGUCCCGAUAUCCACGAUCACAGACCGAGCUCCAGGAGCUCAUCACCCUUUACGGGGAAGCCAUCUCGUCCCUCUAUGACAUGGGCGCCAGGAAGAUGGCCAUCGUCAAUGUUGGACUCAUUGGCUGCAAGCCGCAACCCUACAACUACAACUAUGUCUGCGACCAGAGCCUGAACGAAAACGCCACCGCGUUUGACGCCGCCCUCAAAUCCCUCAUGGCCAGCCUCUCGUCCAAGAAACAGGGGCUCUCCUACUCCAUCGGCGACUUCUACGGCUUCACCACGGCUGUCUUCGCCCACCCAGCAAAUUAUGGGCUAGUGAAUACCAAGGACUCGUGCAGCCAGUGGGGCUACCCAGACUGGACGUACUGCUACAACCCAGACGGUUACUGGUUCUGGGACCCGGAGUUCAUGACGGAUAGGGCCGCCAAGCUGACAGCCGCUGCGUUCUACUAUGGUCCACCCCAGUUUACAUUUCCAGUUACCUUUAAGGCUCUGUUGGAGAAAAAAUAAUCUCUUCUUGUGGUAUUUUAGUAGUACGUAUUUGUUUCCACUCCAAUUGUGCAAUUGGAGCAACUGGAAUACGCAAUAAGUAUGCCAUGGAGAAUAAAAUAGGUCAUUAUGACCUUUCUAGUACCUAUGAUACUAAUAAAGGUUACUCCUA